AUGAGGGAAAUUUUAGUAAUAUAAUUGGGAGGUUUUGGUAACAAAGUUGGAGUAAAGUUUUGGGAGGAAAUGCUAAAAGAUAGUGAUUUCGGUAACCAAAAUGAAUAAGGUCUUUAAAGCUAAGAUCCCCUACUUAAUUCAAUUAAUAAUGUCUAUUUUAACUUAAACUAGAACAAACCACUUCCUAGAUGCGUUUAGGUUGAUUUGGGACAGGAUUUACCUUGUACUAAUAUAGACUUUAAUCCAUGUUCUCAGUUCUCAUUCAACUACUCAUCUGGCAAUAAUUAUGGGUUUGUAAAGAAUCACUGUGCGAAUGAAAUAAUGGACAUUAUUGUUGAUAGUAUCCGAUAAGAAACUGAAAAAUGCGAUUAAUUGUAAGGAAUCUAAUUAUUUUCAUCCAUAAUUGGUGGUACUGGAUCUGGAUUAAUAGCUGCCUUGGACGAUAAAUUAGGAUAUGACCCACUACUUUAAUAUAACUUAUUGAUUCCUUCUAUUAAAUAAGACGAUGUUUGUGUUGUUUCCCCUUAUAACUCUAUUUUAGCCUUAUCCCAAAUUAUGAAUUAGAGGGAAUAAAUAGUAUGUUUUGAUAACUAAGGACUUAAAUAAAAUUUGAGUAGAUUGGGAAUCGAAUUUAAUUACGAUGAUGCCAAUCAUCAUAUUGCUUAAACAAUAUGUUGUAAUUCUUCGCCAUUUCGAAAUAAUGGGGACAUUAAUUCUAGUUUGAAAAAACUAAGUGCAAACUUGAUUCCUUUUCCGCAAUAAAAUUUUCUAACAUGCAGCUAGUCCAAUAAUUAAUUCAGUGAUUACUUUAAAGAAUAUUUGAAGAUGGACGAAACCUAGAUUUUCAGAGAAUUAAUGUCCACAAAUCACAAUCAAGCUAGCAAUGAUUACACUUAAGGUCGAUUUCUUACUGCAGCACUUAGUUUGAGAGGAAAUAUAUCAAAUAAAGAGGUUGACAAAUCAUGCUCCCUUUUCCAACAUUAUCUAGAUAAACAAACUUACUAUAGGAGGUAAGAAGCAAAAAAAAUAAAGUACAUUGAUAUGUUUCUAACGAAUAUUUGCAAGAAACCAUUUUAAAAUUUUGAAUAUUUUGGAAGUUGCUUAAUUAAUUCAACUAGCAUUACUCAAUCUCUAGAGAGCCUAAUUGAAAAAUUUAAUAAAAUGUAUGUUCGAAAAAGUUAUCUAUAUAAAUACACAUAAGAAGGAAUUGACGAGGAUAAUUUCAUUGAUGCUAAAACUCGCCUUGAAGAGAUUUGUGAUUCUUAUAAAAAUACAUACUAGGAAGAUUUCGGAGAAGGUCAUGAAAAUUGGGAAUGA